AAAUUGUAUGGGCAGGGGAAACUAGAUGUUUCUAGUCUAAUCAUUACCCUCCUUGGAAGGAGUACAAAGGUAUUUCAAACAGGUUUAAUACAUGUAAGACACAAGAUUGUGCUCAAGAUCUGGAAAUAUUUUGAAAAAUAAAGAUCUGCUUUUAUUAGUGUUUCACAAUCUUGGAGGAAAUGCUGGUGGUCGCUUUUCUACUUUGGGUCAUUUUGGCUCGAGGCGUAGAAGCUCCUUGCAUCCCAAAUAAAGCAGAUGUAAUUUUGGUGUAUUGUUAUCCCAAAACCAUCAUCACAAAAAUCCCUGAAUGUCCUUAUGGAUGGGAGGUUAAUCAACUAGCUCUUGGAGGGAUUUGUUACAAUGGAGUCCAUGACUCAGGAUAUUACCAGUUUACAAUCCCAGACUUGUCACCCAAAAAUAAAUCAUACUGUGGAACUCAAUCUGAUUUUAAAAGCCCCGUCUACAAUUUCUAUAAUUCCAUUGUCUCUAAUGACAGCUCUGUGAUUGUGAAAAGCCAGCCUGUGAACUAUUCAUUUACAUGCACCUACCAUGCAAACUACCUGGUGAACCAUGCUGCCUUUGACCAAAGAGUGGCAACAGUUCAUGUGAAGAAUGGCAGCGCCGGUUCAUUUGAAAGUCAGUUGUCUCUCAACUUUUAUUCUAAUGCUAAGUUUUCAAGCCAGAAGGAAGCCCCUUUCAUAGUUGAAACUUCAGAAAUUGGUUCAGAUGUAUUUGCUGGAGUAGAAGCAAAAGGUUUAAGUAACAGAUUUAAAGUAGUCUUGACCAAUUGCUGGGCAACCCCUUCAGCAGAAUAUUUCUUUCCAGUCCAGUGGCCAUUGAUAGCUAAAGGCUGUGCAGCAGAUGACUCCAUCUUAAUACAUGAAAAUGGAAAAGACAGCCGAGCCACAUUCCAGUUUAAUGCAUUUCGCUUCCGGAAUAUUCCCAAGCUUUCCAAGGUGUGGCUGCAUUGCGAGACACAUGUGUGUGAUAGUGAGAAGAUCUCCUGUCCUGUGGCAUGUGCAAAACGGAGACAACGUAUGGAGCAAACUGGUGGUGUUUUAAUGGCAGAACUCACUAUAAGCAAUAAAGGGCAACCCAGAAAUUACAGUCUUUCAGGUCUCCUUUACUAUUUAUUCCUCUGUGCAGUUUUGUUAUAAUACUUAACCCAACAUUAGCUGCUCAUGUAUAUCCUUAUGAUACUCUACUGCUUGAAGAAAUUAUUAUUCUCCCUUUUGCAUCAUAUUAUAUGAAAAAAGAGUAACAUUGUAAUAUCUGGAUUAUAAUUUGUUUUUGUGAUGCUUGACAAUAACAGUGGUGAUUUCUAGCAGCUAUUUGCUUAUUCUUUUAUAAAUCUCAUAUCAAGUUUUUUGAGUAAGAGAAAGAAGACUACUGUUAUAUAAUAAGCAAAUGAACAUCUUCAGGUACUCCAAAGAUCCUGUGGUCCUCUAUGACUAUUUGAAUCAAGGAGUUAACAUGUUGUCAAGAUUUGAGGACCCAUGAUCAAAACUUCCACACAGAAGGAUUUUUCUAUUUUAAUUCUCAUGACUUUGUGGAAAUAGUCGUUUUUUGUUUGCUUGCUUUAAUUACAGUAAAAACAAUUUGGAUGAGAGGCACAUCUCAAAAAUAUAACUGUUCUUUUACUUCUUGAUCCAUAGUUCCAACACUUUGGCUCCCUAAAUACCUUAGACCAGUGGUUCUCAACCUCUGGUCCUCCAGAUGUUUUUGACUUCAUCUCCCAGAUUCCCUCAUCAUUGGUCAUGCUGGCAAAGGCUUCUGGGUGCUGAAGUCCAAAACAGCUGGAGGAUCAAAGGUUGAGAACUUCUGCCAACUUCCAGAGUCUCCACCCAGCAUGUUCAGUAGUCUAGGUGCUAAAGUCCAAACACCUGGAAGGCUAAAGGUUUAGAAUCAUUAUCCUAUCUAGCUACGGAUUCUCAGGAUGUAUCAUGUGGAAGUUUCUAUACAGUGCUUUAGAGCAUAGAGCAUGAAAAUGUUACAGAGCAAAUAAAAUAGAGACUAUGCUAAAGUGUAUAGAUUAGGUCAUAGGUGGAAGGAGUCCUCUGUAAAGCAACGCCAUUGUGAGAGGACAUGUUGGGUGAAAGUCUGUUCAGUUGCCUGAAUGAUUUCAUGUAUAGAGGAAUAACUGCCUUUUCCCUUCUCAAACAAAACAUUAUGCAUCAUUCCAUAUACAUAAACAGUUAUCAUAAAAAAAGAUCAAUGUUUGUGUUGCAAAAUAUCUAGGGCAGAGAACAAUCACAGAAUACAUGACAUUUAGUGAAUGAACAUGUUCAGGUGCUGCAUUCAAAGUAGGAUGACAUUUCAUUCUAGCUAUAGUUCUGCAGACUGGGAAUGCUGCAACCAGAAAGUCCUCAGAGUGCGUCAAAGUUGAUUUAAAUAUUAUGACAUCAAUUGUGAAAUGCCACCUGAAAAUGUCUCAACUCAAGUCAUAUUGCAGACAUUCAAUAUAUAGCAGUUGUGGGCUCAUAAUGUAGAGUGGCAGGUCUCUGUGUUCACUAAUCUUACAUAGGGGUUUAUCACACUCCUUACCUUCCGUCAUGCUCCCAUCUCUCCAGUAUCACCGAUCUGUGAUGGGAGCCUCCUGGUGGGAUCGUGGAUGGAGCUUUUAAAGGGGAGCACUUCUGUUUUCAUCAUGGAAGUGUUCUCAUAAUUGUUAGGAAAAGGGCUCUUCUUAAAUAACGAUUUGAUCCAUUUUACAGUAUUGCAUGCAGUCAUGUUGCCACAUGACUAUGAAGUCAUUUUUAACAAUGCUGGCUCCCUCAGUUUAGUAGCAGAGAUGAACACCACUCCCUAUAGUUGGACAUGACUAGCCAAUCUUGUCAAGGGAAAACUUUUACAUUUACAUUUAUACUUGAAGGACACUAGCUUGUGGCUUCUCUAAUAAUGUAUACUAAUGAAUGUAUAAUAAUAAGUUCCAAAUGCAGAAACCCCCUUUUUAAACAGACAUUACUUACUUAUGCAUAGGUAUUCACCCUGCACCUCCCAUGCUAAAUUGUUUUAUAGGAUUAUGUUACUUUUAAAGAGUGUAAGGGAGGUUUCAAUUGUCAAAUGUUAAAAUAAAUAUCUAGAGAGAUAUAUCAUCUGAUAACAGUAAUGCAUUCUUUAUUUCCAGUCACUCCGAGAUCCCAUUCUUUGGAUC